CAAUCGUCUGCUAGCAGGGGUUAGUUGCAGCAAGAUCAGUGGAAUGUCGCGCUCAGGCAAAGUUUAAGUUUUCACUGAUAUUUUGUUUUAUAUGUAACGAGGAUAUCCCAAAGUGUCUAAGCAACAUUACAGCACCUAUCGGAGAAGAAUUGUUGUGGUGAAGAAGCCCAAAUCCACGGAAUGACUUCAGCAAAUCCAGCUACCCCGUUGACGCGAGCAGAGUUCAAGAACGCUUGCACCAGCGUGUUGCAGGGACUUGAAUGCUUAGCUAGACAACGGGCACUGAUUGAUGACAAAUUGGCAGAAAGUUUGCAAGAGCUCGGUCAGGUUGUCAACACGCUACGGCCGGAGAUCGACAACAACAAGGAGUAUUAUGUGGAUGGUCCUCUAGUGAGAUUUUUGUCGGCAAACAUCUCCAAGGCUAAAGCCAUAAUUCAGGAAAUCAAGCGUACCUGUAGCGAGAGAAGUGCUAACUACCAUGGUAUUGAAUACUGCAAGGAACAUAGUCGGCAACAUCAUCAGGAUAUUCAAUCAGUCUUGGAUGCACUUAAUGAUUUCUAUAAGCACACAGUCUUCCGUCAAGACACACAAUUCAUUGACAAUGAAGUCACACGCAAGAUGACCCCCAACAAAACCCGCUCGGCCAACUCAAGAGUUACAUUUGCCGAUCAGCUCACCGCCGAAAAUGGACAAACACCCCUGAACACUGCCGCUGUAACAUCAGCCUCAUCAGAGAGAUACACAGGCCGAACGGGCUUGGCAUCCCCUUCACUGGAACAGCCCGUCCAGGUGUGGACAGCAGGGAGUAUGGGUGACACAGCAGAUCCAAGCACACCAGGUGCUUUUGAGCACAUCCGAGACAUGACACGCAAGGACAUUCAUCUAGAGAACUGGCCCAAGGAUGAGAAAGUACCGCCUACUAUCAUGGAGAGAACAAGACCUCCGCUUGUUCACCCAGGCCUACGUGAUGUACACAACUACCGUAACCUACCACAGUUCACCGGUAUCAACCUACCCGUGAAGCAGGUACCAGUUGGUGAACUUGCCCUGCCGGCCCCCCACGUGCCUCACUGGGAUUACCACAACAACUGCCGAUACUGAGGACAUGAUGGAAGUAGAUCUGCUGUAGUCGGCCAAUCAUAGCAGCUGAGCACUUCAGAUGAAUAGCUGCUGUGAGUGGCAUUUAGAAAGCAUGGACUCCAAUUAUAAUACUUGUAUUCCACAUAGGGCCAAUACCUUGGUUCGUUCUUACAUCCUGGGGAGCCUACACUGCUAUGUUUGGCAACAUUUCCUUAAUUGGUUCCCAUUUAUCUACAAAAUGCUGAACAUCUGCUGCUGGCAAAUGUAAACUUUGGUAAUUUUUUCAAGCUACUGUGUUUCUCUUAUUUCAGUGACUGUUUUUCGAAUUAUAAAUGAGUAUCCGUAGAAAAGGUAAAUUGAGAAUUGAAAUUGAGAAUUGAGAUUUCAAGUACAGCAGAGAAAAUUCCAAUAACCAAUUGUAGGUAGAAUAAUCAUCUGCUGCUGUGUUUCCUGUGUUCUUUUAAAUGAUAACGAUAAUAAAGUUGUUUACAUUGUUUUCACUGUCUGAGAAGUUACUAAGUACUUUGUAAAGUUGGUAACAGGUACCUGAUCCCAUAAUCUGGUACCUGAUAAGAAGAGUACUGUUAAUACAACAUCCUGCUCAUAACAAGCCAAAUAUAAGGUCCCAAGUCUUUGUUUUUCUUUUACUGUUAAUACAAGGCACCUGUUAUAACAAGGUAAUUUGUAAAUUCCCAAGGACCUCUUUAUAGAGGUGUUCGACAGUACUUUACAAAAUUAAGUUAUUGCGUGAAAAAUAAAUGGACAUUCUCAGAGGGUCGAAAAUAUCCAUAAUAAAAGAAAGUAUUUUUUUUCCGUUUAAAUAAAACAAACAAAUCCCAAAUUUGUGAGCAGGGGAAAAAAUGGAUUGUGUUAAAGACCACGGGUAGAGAUAAGUACCCAUGAAUACAAAGUCAAAUGUGAAAUCUCAUCUAUACAAAUUUUAACAUGUUUAAUAAAAAAAAAAAACACAGAGAAUAAUUUCAUUUGUACAAUAUAAUCAUUUAUUUGCCGUUUAUUUAUAGGAGCUUACGAUGCAUAAAAUUAAUUUGUUACAUCUUUCUGCAAUAAGUUUUUAAUAUAUAUAUCAUUGUCAUUCAUACAGAAA